AUGCUAAUUAGAGAAGAGGCUAAGUGGAGCUGCUGUUGCAGAGACCAGCACCAGCCAUGGGGAGAGCUGCCCAGCAAACCCUCCUUGUUUUACUCUGCAUAGCAGCUGUGGUUUGGACGGCUGAGGACAGCUGCCCAGAGGUGAAGAUAGUAGGUCUCAGUGGUUCUGACAAACUUGCUGUUCUCCGAGGAUGCUCUGGGAUGGCUGGAGCCUCAGGACCCAAAGGAGAACCCGGAUCUGCAGGAAUGAAAGGAGAGAGAGGUACUGAGGGGUUCCGUGGAAAGGCAGGACCAGCUGGGGAGAAAGGAGAGAGAGGUGAUGCUGGCCCCGCUGGACUAAAAGGAGAAAAAGGAAUCCCUGGGACAUCAGCAACAAUUGAUGUGAGGCAACUGAAUGAUAUCCAGUGUAAGAAAGGUGCAAAGAACUGCAAGGAGCUGUUAGCCAGAGGGCACAUUAUGAGCGGCUGGUACACCAUCUACCCCCGUGACUGUAACGCCAUGACCGUGCUGUGUGACAUGGUCACAGAUGGUGGAGGAUGGAUUGUUUUCCAGAGACGGGUGGAUGGGUCGGUGGAUUUUCAUCGGAGCUGGGAUUUGUACAAGAGAGGUUUUGGCAACCAGCUGACAGAAUUUUGGUUGGGAAAUGACAAUAUUCACCUGCUGACAUUACUUGGAAAUAACGAGCUGCGCAUUGACCUCGGAGACUUCGAAAACAAGAAAUAUUUUGCCAAGUACAAGUCAUUCAGCAUUUUGGGAGAAUCUGAGCAAUACAAACUGAUUCUAGGGGACAUGGUGGCAGGUGAUGCAGGGGAUUCAUUAACCUACCAGAAGAACAGUAAGUUUUCAACCCCAGACCGUGAUAAUGAUCUGGAUCCUGGUAACUGUGCAAAAAUCUUCGAAGGAGGUUGGUGGUUCAAUAGCUGCCAUCACUCCCACCUGAAUGGGGUGUAUUUACGAGGAGCCCAUAAUCGCCCUGGUCAUGGUGUGCUCUGGAACAAGGGUAUUGGGAAUGAAUAUUCUUACAAGUUCUCUGAAAUGAAAUUCAGGCCUCUUUCGUAG